AGGAAAAAAGCAAAAAAAAUUGACUAUGAUCAGAUAUAAUACCAACAAUUUAAUGUCUUUGUGCGUGGCGGUUGGAAUUCUUGCCAACAUUUACAUAGUCACAAGAUUAACGAUUGGGUUCAAAAUUCUGGAGGACUUUCCACAAAUUCAAGAAUUUCCAUCAAGGUGUGUAAUCGAUGAGGAUUAUUUUUUGAGCUUUGUUGAAAGUCGGCGAGUCACGGAGUUGAAGGAAAAGGUUUUUCUGAAAAACAACAACGAUAAAACAGUGCAACUCAAACUUUUUGCGUUUCAAUCUGCAGGGUUAGGAAACAAAUUAUUUGAAAUAAUUUCACUGCUGGGAAUCGCAAAUAGUUUGCAAAGAAGACCAGUAAUUGAUGCAACAAUUCCGAGUAACAUUCGUAGUUUACACAAAAGUAUACAGCCACUGUUUCCAAAGCUUGUGGAGCAGUUCGAUUUGAAAAUGAUCCCGGCUAGUUCCGUUUCCAGUCACCAGAUGAACUGGGUCAAGUGCUGUAUUUUUGAUGAUCCGAAGAAAAUGCUGAAUCGAUCAGAACAGCACUUGAUGCUGAAUGGACAUUAUUUUCAGAGCUUCAAGUACUUCCAUCACCUCCGUUCUGAAAUUCGUGAAUGGCUUGCACCUAGUAAAAUGGCAAAACUUGCUGCGGAGACUGUAUUAACAUCAGAGCUCAAAGAAGAUUUGAUAAUAUGCACACAUAUUCGACGAGGAGAUUUCCAGACUGACGGAGUUCAUCAACCAUCUGAUCCUAAUUUUACACGUGCUGCUACGGAUUUUUUGGUGAAACAUUACCAAAAAUGGCACUAUCGCACCACUGUUGUAGUCUUUGGGAAUGAUGUCAAUUUUUCAAAAGCAGUUUUUGAAGACCGAGUUUCAAAUUCUUCGGUCAUACCAAAUCGCACGACACCCCCACUCAACUUCCCAAUUCCUGAAAACUCUCCUAAAUAUUCGGUGAUUCUUCCACAAAAUUCAACACCAGAAAAUGAUUUGGCAUUUUCCAGACAAGCACCAUCAUCAACUUUUGGAUGGUGGUUAUCAUAUUUGGCAAAACGUUCAGCAGUUGUCUAUUAUCGAGAUAUUCGAGAGACAAAAGAUAAGGUGAUAAACGACAUGAACCCAAACGAUUUCUACCCACCGGAAUGGAUAAAACUUGGAACUCGUCCAAAUGGUGACAUCUUCAAAUUUUAACUUGAACUAAAUUUUAUCUGUGUAUACGUAUUUGUGUAUUUUUUUCUAUCACGGGUUCAUUUUGUUUGAUGUUUUUUUGAAGAAACAAGUAGUUUUCAAAUACAGGAGUAUUUGAACAGUUGGAGCACGCUUCAUACAUAAAUUUUGUACACUCUAGCAGAAAUAACAAAAUGGUAAGAAAAAACAGGGGGAAGUAGAGAAAUCUCCUUUUACCAAUUUCACACUAUCAUUUCAAAAAAAAUUGUAUUAAUAAAUGUUUUUUAACACUU